AUGCGUUCUUUCCCUGUGGUUUUGGCGUUAACAUCUGCGGUAUUUACCAUUUUUCUACUUACACAAAUGAGUGAAUGCUGUAACGAAGCUGUUUGUGCUAGCAUUGUAAGCAAAUGCAUGAUAACACAGUCUUGUAAGUGUGAUUUGAAGAACUGUUCUUGUUGUAAGGAAUGCUUCAGCUGCUUGAGUCAUUUGUAUAGUGAAUGCUGUUCAUGUGUUGAUAUGUGUCCCAAACCGAAUCACACAGUCAGUGCGCUGAGUAGUAAAAGCCAUGUUGAGGAUCUUCCUGAAGCUAUACCAAAUCUAUUUCAAGUCCUCACAUCUGAAGCUGAUGCUCAGCAACGUUGGAUUACCUUUAAUUUCCCAGUAGACAUUGACACUUCCCAUUAUCAUCCACGUUUAGAUAAAACCAUCAAAUAUCGUACCAAAAAUGUGGAACAAGAGGUCGAUCCAAGGAAAGAUAUGAUGAUUACAUUGAACUGUUCGGUUGCAUAUUUAAGCCAGUGCAUGCCAUGGAAUAAGUGUAAGGGUUCUUGUCAAUCAAUGGGUGCAGUUAGCUAUCGAUGGUUUCAUGAUGGUUGUUGUGAAUGCAUUGGAGAAAAUUGUAUAAAUUAUGGAAUAAAUGAAAGCAGGUGUUUAAAGUGUCCAGAGCCUGAGGAGUCUCUUUUAGAUGAAACAGAAAUCGAUUAUGGUGAGGAAGAAUAA